GAUGGAAGCGGUGAAGAAGAUGGACAUCUUCCACUCGCCAAGCUACGAUGUAGCAGAACCUACAAAAGUAGGGGGAGCCCUGAGCCUCGCAGCCAUCAUCUUCUGUACACUCUGUUUCUUCUCUGAAAUCGGGAAUUUCAGACAUGGAAAAGUAAAAGAAAUGGUGUAUCUAGAAAACGACGUUGGGGGCAAGAACAUGGUUCUGGUUUUCAUGGACAUCACGAUUAUGGAGCUGUCGUGUGAGCACGUGACCCUGGACAUCCAGGAUGGACAUGGCAGGUAUGAGAUAGACGAGCACAGCACAAAGAAGAAGGGGGAUGAGAACACUGAGGAGAAGCAUCCUCAUGUGGAGAAGACAGACACAGAUGAUGGUGGGUGUCACUUCCACGGAUAUAUCCACGUUCGGCACAUGAAAGGGAACUUCCACUUCACGCCUAGGGGAGCACACCAUCACCCAAACACAACUAUAUCCCACAAAAUCGACGGUCUCAAAUUUGGAGACGAAUUUUCACAGGAUCAAGAAGAAGAUGACAUACCCCUUGACCCGUACAACAGUUUGGGAACCGAAGACAAAGAGUCUCUGGAGGGAGAGACCCACGAUUAUCUGGUAAAACUGGUCAGAACGGAAGUGAUAGAUGAGGAAUUGGCGGAGCAUAUAUAUCCUUAUCAGUAUACUUAUACUCACAGGCACUUCGUAGGGCACCACAAUAAUAAGCCCCUCCCUCCCCGCAUCUUCUUCAGACUGGACUUCUCGCCGCUCACCAUGAAGUACACCAUAGUCCACGACUCUUUCCUUGUUUUCAUAUCUCGACAUUUAGCUCUCAUUGGAGGAACCUUUGCUGUCCUCAAGAUGUUCUACAACGGAGCACAUGUGGCUAGGGAGGCCAAGUUCCAGUAAAACAAUUAUCAUAUCUGGCGAAGGGUCGUCGAUGAGAUGGUUAUAUAUCGUUUUAAAAGAAGUUAUCUUUUACGCCUCUUAUUAUACAUGAUGACAUAGAUUUGCAAGAUCGAGUUUGGCCUUGAUAGCUCAACCAUCAGUUAAUUUAUUUCUCAGAUAUUUUCACUCAGCAGUUUUCAUCUCAUUAAACCGAAACCUUCAGUCAAGAAAUUAAGAUUUCACUGAGGCAGGUAUGUAUCAGUAUGUGAAUACAGAAAAAAUUUGUAUCCAAUCUAAAAAAUUGUUUUAACUUCAAGGAACAACAAUGAAACUAUUUAUGUCAAAUAUAUUGAAUUUAAAUAUUUGAUAAAUUUUACUAAAUUAAUCCACAAUUAUCAAUCGUUGCUCAAUGGAUUCCAUGAACCUGAAAACUUAAAACAGAUCUGUCAUUAUCAUGAAUUUAAAAGUGGGUGCCCAACAUUCAACAACCAUAGUCAAACAAACAAACAAUGAAUUUUAGAAGUCGAAGAGAUUACGAUCUGAAAUAAAUCGACUCAGACAUUUCACAUUUCCCUAUCGCUCAUUUUCGUCUAUUCAUUAUCAAUCUCUACUUCAUCAUUCAAGAUAACGCUUCCUCAUUUCUUCUUG